AGCCCCUCCAAUGUGAGGCACGAGGUGUGCUUGAUGCAUGGAGACCAGAGCUAACCUGAAGAGACGAGUCAGACUUCUGCAGGCUGAGGGAUAAAGACGAGGGGCAUUCCCACAGUGGGAAGAGUGCAAAGCAAUGGCCCAGAGGCAUCCUUAAAUCGGGAGGACCCUCAGAGAACAGCCAGCCCAUUGGUUCUCAAAGUGUGGUACCUCGUGCAGCUGCAGCAGCAUCACCCACACCGACUAAGUCAGAAACUCUGGGGACAGAGCCCAGCAGUGCGGUUUAACAAACUGUCCAGAUCAUUCUGGCGCAUGUGAGGGUCUCUGAUCCACUCCACCGGAUAUUUAUCUAAAGUCGGUUAAUGGGUGCUCUGUAAAAAGAAGAUUCAGGGUCGAAUAAGUUUGGGGAUUACAUGUCCUCCACUGCUUUGAGGGAGUCACAGACCACACUGGCAUGUUAAAGGCUCUGAGAAGGCCUGCAGGAAAGCGCUUUGUUUGCUUUUGAUUAAUCCACUGCUGCCUCAAUUUGAUUUAUCAGUGCUUACUAACAUGUCCAUUAACACUCUCUUAGGGAAACGCCAAUUUAAAUAAUUUCUCACAUUGAUAAAUUGCAACCUCGAGGUGGUAUAGGGAUUGCCCAAAGUCAUAGGGAGACAGUGUGUCAGGGCUGGAAAAGACCCCAGCAGCAUGCCUCCUCCCAAAAGAGGCUCUGCAGGCUCCUCACCAGCCGCAUCCUCUUUUCCCCUGUCCCAGCUGUGUGUCUCCAGAACCCCGAAAUAUGGAGCUGGUCAACAGGACAGAGGCCUCUGAGUUCGUUCUGAAAGGAUUUUCUGGCUACCCAGCCAUAGAGCGCCUGCUCUUCCCUCUGUGUUUGGCCAUGUACCUGGUGACUCUGCUGGGCAACGCAGCCAUCAUAGCAGUGAGCGUGCUGGACGUCCGCCUGCACACGCCGAUGUACUUCUUCCUGGGCAACCUCUCCCUCCUGGACAUCUGCUACACGUCCACCUUUGUGCCCUUGAUGCUGGUCCACCUCCUGUCAGCCUGGAAAACCAUCUCCUUUAUUGGCUGUGCCAUCCAGAUGUGUCUGAGCCUGGCCACAGGCUCCACAGAGUGUCUGUUGCUCGCCAUCAUGGCCUACGACCGCUACCUGGCUAUUUGCCGGCCACUCAGGUACCCGGUGCUCAUGAGCCGCCGGCUCUGCUUGUUGCUGGCAGGAGCCGCCUGGGCCCUCUGUCUCUUCAAGUCAGUGUCUGAGACCGUCAUCGCCAUGAGGCUGCCCUUCUGUGGCCAGCACAUGGUCAGUCACUUCACCUGCGAGAUCCUGGCAGUGCUGAAGCUGGCGUGCGGCGACACAUCCAUCAGCGAGGACUUCCUGCUGGUGGGCUCCAUCCUGCUGCUGCCUGUGCCCCUGACAUUCAUCUGCCUGUCGUACACACUCAUCCUGGCCACCAUCCUGAGGGUGCCCUCGGCUGCCGGGCGCCGCAAGGCCUUCUCCACCUGCUCAGCACACCUGGCUGUGGUGCUGCUUUUCUAUGGCACUGUCAUCUUCACGUACAUGAAACCCAAGAGCAAGGAGGCUCGAGUCUCUGAUGAGGUCUUCACGGUCCUCUACGCCGUGGUCACACCCAUGCUGAACCCUGUCAUCUACAGCCUGAGGAACAAGGAGGUGAAGGAGGCCGCCAGGAAGGUGUGGGGCAGGAGAAGGACCUCCAAGUGAGGGAGGGCUCGGCAGGUUGCAUGCUGGGUGGGGGCUGCUCUUUGGGAAGAACCAAGAAGAGCACAGAGUCCCACAGCCUUUCCACUCCCUGCGCCCCUCAGGGCUCAGUGGCACCAUCUGGAUAACGGGAGAGCUGGUCUUGGCCUCCAAGCAGGGGAGCACAGCCCUCACUUGAGUCCUCAGUUCUCCUCCGUCCCUCUUUCUGCUUCUGUUGGUCAGAAAAGAGGCACAGGGAGGAGAGGCACCCCGUGGCCCGCACUCAACCCUCUCAGCCAAGCCAGAGAGAAGGCUGCUGGUCAUGACCUUCUGCUGGAACUCUGAUGCCACCGCAGGAGUUUGGACUCAUCCUGUGGGGAUUUGAAUCACAUUUACUAUUAGAAAGGCCACUGACUGUAUGCCAUUCUUCAACCAUAAAAUGGGCAAAGAAUUCUUUAAAUGUCUAUUGUUAACGAUGGUGCUUUGAAGUGGGCAAUGCCAUAUACUUUCUGCUGGUGGGAAGAGGAAUAAAUUAAUAUGAACCUUCUGCAAAGUAAGUUGGAAUAUGAAUCAAGAGACUUAAAAACUUCCAGAACCUUUGACCCAUCAUCGCCUUUACUUCUAGGAAUAAGUCUAAGAAGAUAAUUAGAGGCACAAAGAUUUAUGUGCAAGGAUAUUAAUCAUGGAAUUAUUUAUAGCAACAAAAUUGUAAGAAUCUCAAUGUCCAACCACAGAAGAAUAUUUAAAUAAAUCCUGGUGGAGUCCAAUAAUAAAAUGUCAUGAAGCCAUUAAAAAUCUUAUUUUUGAAGGAUAUUUGAUGAUAGGAAAUGUUCACAAUGUUAAUGCCAAGAGGGUGCUAUUCUAUGAGCAGUGUGUAAAUAAGUGCACAUGUGGUAUUUGUCUUUCUCUG